AUAAUUAUUAUUGUUGACUCGGCGCCUCGCCGGUAUCUACGUACUCGUGUAUAUUUUACUGCAUGGCGGUAAUAAAAUUAUUGUUUUAUUCUUUUAGCUGAAUACAAUGUUUAUAAAUUAUUAUUUUAUUAUAUUUUGUAUGUUUUGAAAAUCAAAAAUUAUUUAGUGUUUAAGUAAUCAAAAUAUUAGCUGUACGAAUAAAACUAAGAGUAAAUACGACUAUUAUAGGUGAAUUAUAUCAGCAAGUUUAAAUAAUAAUAAUUAUUAUUGUUUAAACACCGAUUUUCAUUCUACGAACAUACAAAAUAUUCAAGCUAUUCAUAAAGAAAAGCCAGUUUGGAUUAUGAUUACAAAAAAUAAAUAAGAUCAUAUUUUUAAUACAGAUUAACAGAAAAAUUAAGAAAAAUGUUCAAUACGGGAGUGUAUAGACAAAUUUAUGUCACCGUAGUCGCGACGUUGUCGAUAUUCAUCAGCGGCAUGUGGCUGGGGUGGCCGAGCUCGGUGGUGGAGAAGUUUGUCAAGCACGAGACGGACUUCAACGCGACCAUGGACGAGCUGUCGUGGAUCGUGUCCACCAUGGACUUGGGCAACGUGAUCAGCCCGCUGAUAGCCGGCAAUCUGAUGGACAUGUUCGGCAGGAAGCCCAGCACCGCGAUGCUCGGGCCGCUGUUCAUGAUCACGUGGGCGCUGACGCUGUGGGUGCCCACCGCCUGGGCUCUGUACCUGGCCCGAGCGAUGGCCGGCAUGGGCAAGGGCAUGUCGUACACGGUGGUGCCCGUAUACCUGGGCGAGAUAGCGUCGCCCGCGAUACGCGGGGCCCUGGGGAGCGUGUUCUGCUUUCAGCUGCACUUCGGCUUCCUGGUGGAGGCUAUCGUCGGGCCGCUGGUGUCGUACCGCACGUUGAACACCAUGUCCGCCGUCGUGCCGGUCUUGUUCUUCGCCGCCGUCGUCUGGCUGCCCGAGUCGCCGUACUAUUUGCUGAAGCGCGAACGCCGGCCCGAGGCGGCCGUGUGCCUGCAGUGGUUCCGGGGCGGUGGCGACGUGGACCACGAACUGGAUCUGAUGUCGGAGAACGUGCGCCAGGAGAUGGAAAACCGGGCCACAUUUCGGGAGCUGUUCAGCAGCCCAAAGGACAUGCGGGCGCUGGCCAUCGUGGUGGCCGCGUGCGCCACGCAGCGAGCGGGCGGCAUCAGCUGCAUAAUGGCCUACUCGGCGCUUAUAUUGCCGGACAAUGCGCCGCUGUUGAACAAACACCAGUCGGUCAUGCUGUUCGCCAUCAUGCUGGUAGUGGUCAACUCCGUGGCUGUCGUACUGGUGGACAGGGUGGGCCGGAAACCGCUGUUGUUCAUCUCCGAAGUGGGUAUGGGCGUGGUCACGCUCAUGUUCGCCCUGUUCUUUUACUUUUGCCAAACUGACGGUGGAGGCUGGUUCGGGUGGCUACCGUACCUUUGCCACCUGUCGUUUGCCUGCUUGUUCGCGGCCGGCGUGGGGUUCGUACCGGUGGUGUACCUCGGCGAGAUGUUUCCGGUUAACAUCCGGUCGCACUGCUCGGCCAUCGCUUCUAUCACGUUGGCGUUCUGCUCGUUCGUCACCAAUAAGAUUUUCCUGUUCGUGUCCAAUCACUACGGGUUCUAUGUCAUGUUCUUGCUUUUCACCGUCGUUAAUUUCUCCGGUGCGUUUUACACGUACAUGUACGCCAUCGAGACGAAGGGCAAGACGUUCCAAGAGAUCCAAGAACAGCUGCAGGACAUCGUCAGCCCCCGCCGAGAGAAGUCCGAACAUGAUGAUAUUUAAAAAUGUACAAUUUUAUAAUUACGGAUAGACAAUUACUCGAAGUACGCCACGACGGGAAUUUCCAACACCUCAAGAGAACGUGUAAACAUUCAAGAGAAUUGUAUCGAAACCGAAAACCUAACCGAGUUUACGCGUCAAAAAGCUAUUUAACUGGUGUAUUUCAUUUAAAUGUUCAAUUUUUUUUUUACUAAAUUAUCAUUUAGAAAGAAUUUAUUCUGCAUAAGUGUAAAAUAAUAUUAUAUAUGUAUAAUAGAAAUUAGAUUUAAAUUGCA